AUGGCGGGGACAAGUGCGGAAGGGGAGGAAACAAGCAUGAGUCACCCUACACCCGAUGGGGACCUUGUGAGCAUGAUGGCACGCAUGAUGAAGGAAUUCAAACAAGAGAUGAUGAUCCAAAUGGAUGUGCGAGCAAAAGAAUCCAUUGCUCAAUCAAAAGAAUCCGAAGCCCGCAUGCUUGCCGCCCAAAACACUUUAUUUGAGGAGUUCAACACUUGGAAGGGAGAACAAGGAACGAGGCCUCCCACUCCCAUGGGCAAUGUCGUGCCUAAUGAGGUCCCGGGGGAAAACGUUGAGGAGGAGGAGUAUGAGGGGUGGCAAGGAGGAAAUGUUCGGGAUAGGGGUAACAACUUGGUGAAUGGAAGAUUUGAGGGGGGUAAUGGAGCCAAUGGGCGAGUUGGAGGAGGAAAUGGAGGAUAUGAUCGUUUUGGGGUAGGAAACCAAUAUGGAGGGGUGGAGCCUUAUGGGGAUAGAUUUAGGAGGAAUAGGUACUAUGAGGAGGAACCCCGACCGAGGUUUGAUGAUCCUUCCAAGACCUUGAAACACAACCUUCCCGAAUUUCAUGGCAAGUUUGACCCCGAAGCGUAUUUAGAGUGGGAGUCUCAAGUGGAGAAAAUUUUUUCCCUCCACAACUACUCCGAGGGUGACAAGGUGAAGAUUGAAUUGGCCGAAUUUAGAGGUAAUGCUAAUACAUGGUGGAGAGAUGUGUUGAGGAAGAGGAUGAUAGCUAGGAUGGGGGAUGUGCGAUCAUGGGGUGAGUUGAGCCGAAUCAUGAAGGAAUCCUUUGUGCCUAGGUCCUAUUAUCACAAGUUGCGCGGAGAUCUUCAAGACCUAAGGCAAGGGUCUAUGAGUGUGAUGGAGUACUAUUAUGAUCUUAUUGCAUUGAUGAACAAGAUUGGGGUGAAUGAACCGGAGGAAUCCACUCAAGACCGAUUCAUCCAUGGCCUCAACACGUCUUUGAAGCAUAAAGUCCAAAUUGAGGCGUUAAGGGGAAUCACCUUGGGGGAAGUACUAAGUUUUGCCGAAACCUUUGAGAGACAAGGAAAAGAAGUGGCUCUUAGCAAAGUUAGAGUGUCAUCCAACCAAACCGGGAUGGGAGGAAACAAGUGGAGUACCCCUCCCAAGAAGAUGGAGAGUUCGCCUAGUACUCAAGGCAAGACGCCAUUCAAGGCCUCGCCAAGCCCAAGCCCACAAGCUACUAAAAGCUCUUCAACGGAGGGUAGCAAGGUCCAAUGUUUCAAGUGUAAGGGCUAUGGUCACUAUGCACGUGAGUGCCCUAACCAAAGAGUAAUGGUUAUUGGGCAAGAUGGUAGCGUGUAUAGUGAAGAUGAAGAGGAUGUGAUGGUAGAAGGAAGGGAAGUGAAUGUGGAGCCUCGUAUGGCUUAUUCUAGUGAAGAAGAAGAUGAUGAGGAGAUGAAGACACUAGUCAUGCUAAGGAUGCUCAAUGUACAACCCGACCUUGAGGAGCACAAGUUGCAAAGGUGCAACAUCUUCCACAUGAAUUGCAAGGUACGAACUAAAACUUGUUUAGUUAUCAUUGAUGGAGGUAGUUGUGCUAAUGUGGUAAGCGAGCAAUUGGUGGCCAAGUUGGGAUUGAAGGUCGACAAACAUCCCAAUCCUUACAAACUCCAAUGGCUCGGAGAAUCCGGGGAGCUAAGAGUGAAGGAUCAAUGCUUAGUGCCCUUGAAGAAUGGUGUUUUUGAAGAUGAGGUGAUGUGUGAUAUCAUUCCAAUGACGGCUUGUCAUGUGUUGUUGGGAAGACCUUGGGAGUUUGAUAGGAGGGUGUAUAAGAAUGGUUUCACCAAUGAAUAUUUCUAUAUGGUGAAUGGGUUGAAGGUUAGGUUGAAGCCACUAUUGCCUAAGGAAGUAUUUGAGGCACAUCAACAUCUCCAAAGGGAAAGGGAAAGGGAAAGAGAGAAAAGGCUUGUGAGUGAGGGUUGCUUGUUAGCUAGGACCCCCGACCUUGGGUGGGCACUAAAAAGUCGAUCUACCAUUCUCCUCAUGGUCCGAAACGAUUUAUGUUUACAUGCUAACACUAACCCUUGUCCUUUGAUAAUUGAAAGUGUUUUGCAAGGCUUUAAGGAUGUCUUCCCGGAUGAGCUACCCGACGAACUCCCACCAUUGAGGGGGAUUGAGCACCAAAUGGACUUCAUACCGGGUUCCUCCCUUCCCAACCGGGCGGCAUACAAAGCAAAUCCAAAGGAGACUCAAGAGCUUCAAAGGCAAAAGGAUGGAACUUGGAGGAUGUGUGUGGAUUGUAGGGCUAUCAAUAAGAUCACUAUUAAGUAUAGGCAUCCCAUACCUAGACUUGAUGACAUGCUAGAGGAUCUAUGUGGCUCAAAUUGUUUUUCUAAAAUUGAUUUAGCAAGUGGAUAUCACCAAAUUCGCAUGAAAGAAGGGGAUGAAUGGAAAACCGCUUUUAAAACAAAAUUUGGCUUGUAUGAAUGGCUUGUUAUGCCUUUCGGGUUGACUAAUGCUCCUUCAACUUUCAUGCGUUUGAUGAAUCAUGUGCUUCGCCCUUUUAUUGGAAAAUUUGUGGUGAUGUACUUUGAUGAUAUUUUGAUUUAUAGCAAAGGUGUAGAAGAGCAUGCUAGUCACCUUAGGGAUGUACUUGAAGUGUUGAGAAUGCAUGCCUUAUAUGCCAAGUUGCCUAAGUGUACCUUUUGUGUUGAUGAGGUGGUGUUUCUUGGUUUUGUUGUGGGGAAGGAAGGAGUAAGGGUGGACGAGGAGAAAGUGAGGGCGAUUAGGGAGUGGCCUACACCCAAGAGUGUGAGUGAGAUUAGAUCUUUCCAUGGUCUAGCAAACUUCUAUAGGAGGUUUGUGAGGGAUUUUUCCACUAAGGCCUCCCCCCUAGAUCACCUUGUUAAGAAAAAUGUAGAGUUUAAGUGGGGAGAGGAGCAAGAAAGGGCUUUUAACACCUUGAAAAAGGACCUUACCCAUGCCCCUUUAUUAUCCCUUCCCAAUUUUGACAAGACCUUUGAGCUAGAGUGUGAUGCUAGUGGUGUAGGAAUAGGUGGAGUGCUCAUGCAAGAAGGAAAGCCCAUAGCCUACUUCUCCGAAAAGCUUGGUCAAGCGCAACUAAACUACCCUACAUAUGACAAGGAGUUGUAUGCCAUAGUGAGAUGCUUGGAGAAUUGGCAACAUUACCUCAUGCAUAGGGAGUUUUUGAUUCACACCGACCAUGAGUUCAUUAAGUUCCUAGGGGGUCAACAUAAACUUGAUAAGAGGCAUGCCAAGUGGAGUGCGUUCCUAGAAACUUUUCCUUAUGUGAUCAAGUACAAAAAGGGAAAGGAGAAUGUUGUUGCCGAUGCCCUUUCUAGGAAAAAACAAGUGCUUGUUGUGUGUGCUUCCAAGUAUGUUGGUUUUGAGUUCAUUAAAGACUUAUAUGAGCAUGACCAUGAUUUUGCCACCAUCUUUGAUGCAUGUGACAAGGGGUCCUUUGAUAAAUACUAUAGGAUGGAUGGUUAUUUGUAUAAGGAGAAUAAACUUUGCAUUCCUCAUUGUUCUCUACGUGACUUGUUAGUCAAGGAGUCUCAUUUGGGUGGAUUAAUGGUGUUAAAAACUUUUGAUAUUUUGAGUGAGCAUUUCUUUUGGCCUUGCAUGAGGAAACAUGUUGAGCGGUUUUGUGGUCAAUGUAUAGAGUGUAGGCAAGCUAAGUCUAAGUCUAAUAACUUUGGGCUUUAUACCCCUUUGCCUCCACCUACACACCCUUGGGUGGAUAUCUCCAUGGAUUUUGUGCUAGGUCUACCCAUUUCUUCUACAAAGAAUGAUAGUGUUUUGGUAGUAUUGUCUCCUUUUGAGAUUGUUUAUGAAUUUAACCCCCUCACUCCGUUGGAUUUAUCCACGGUGGAUUUGCCUUUGCCAAUGGUGCUUGAUGUAGGAGGAGAGGAGAAGGCCAAGUUCGUGAAGGAGUUGCACAAGCAAGUGCAAGACAGGAUUCGAGAAAAGGGGGAACUAGUGGCGCGCCAAGUGAACAAAGAGCGCAAGAAGGUGGUUUUUGAACCCGGUGAUUGGGUUUGGGUGCAUCUUAGGACGAUCCGUUUCCCCAACAAGACCAAGGGGAAGCUUGCCCCGAAAGGGGACGGUCCUUUCCUCGUGUUGGAGCGCAUCAAUGACAACGCCUAUGUGAUAGAUUUGCCCGGAGAUCCGGAUUUGAGGACAAAUCCUUUCCAAGAAGGGGAGGAUGAUACGACCAUGCCCGGACGGCCCGUGACGAGGUCUACGACGAGGCACCUAUAUGAGGGGAUCGCUGUGUUCAUCAAAAAGACCAUGCUGGAGGAGUCUACGACGACCGGGGAGCCCGCGACGAGAUUGGAGCUGAAGUUUGGCGGCUGGAAGCUUCCACCCGGCCGGGUGGAUUUUGAGGCCCAAACUCACCCUGGCCGGGUGGCGUCUCUGGACUCGCCAAGGCUUAGCUGCACCACCCAACCGGGUGGCCUUUUAUGCCACCCGACCGGGUGGCCCGUCCAAGGCGUGAAGAGGCUUAGCUGCACCACCCGACCGGGUGACCUUUAUGCCACCCGCCCGGGUGGCUCGUCCAAGGCGUGA